ACCUCGGUUACCCCGAAUGAAAAUGGCUGAUGUGCGUAGCGGAUAUGUUAAGUUAUUAAUAUCGGUUGUAAAGUUUUAUUGAUUUUUUUGUGCGUGUAUGUUUCUUGUUAUUGUUGAAUAAGUUCCGAAUGAAUGGCGAAAGACGGAUUACAUGAAACGAUGGGGUUGCUGAACCCCCUCGUAAUUUAUCGGCAAUGGUGUAAUUAUAUUCUGUCAAUAAGCUAUGUGGUUUAGUACUCACUCCCCUGUGAGACAAUGUAUCACAAGCUUUACGGCGUGUAGAUGACGUUUUUGUGUCUGUGAUUCCGUCUCAUUUAAGACUAGCAAAAUUUGGACGAACUCUUAAUAUAUCGUUACAGUGUGUGAUUCAGGUUAUGGCAGGGAAGUGUUUGAUGUGAGGAAACUUUGCCGUUUUUAUGCCUGUUGUUUGUCAUAUACGAGGCAGCAGUCAUGCCUGGCCAAGACACAAAUCCAGCUGAUCACAGUUCAGAUAUGAAUGUAGAAUUGGACAACAGUUGGGAGAAUGGCAGACCAUCCAGUUCACCAUCUACAGUUAACAGGGAAAGUGAUGCUCAUCAAGAAACAUCACCAUCAAACACAACAAAUGAUAAUUCCUUCCAGCUGUGUCAAACUAUACAACUGGAGGACAGUGUGGACUGGAGCCAUAGAUUGCCCUCAACCUCAGCAUCACCACUUACAUGGCAAAACCAUACUCAUGAUGAACCAGGUCCAUCAGCUUCAGCAAGUAACAGCACUUUUCGGAAUUACAUUUAUGGAGGCUCUUCUGACAGUGGAAGUGAAAGUGAUGAUACUCAAGCAAACUGCCCUAUCUGCUUUGUUUCCCUACUAAAUCGAGAAGUAGCCACACCGGAUUCAUGUCAGCACUACUUCUGCUGCCCAUGCCUUAAACAGUGGUCAAAGACUGUAACAACAUGUCCAGUUGAUCGACGCAAAUUUAAGUUAAUUCUUGUCAGGAAUAAUAUAGGAGGACAAGUUAUUCGUGUAGAUCCAGUGGAUCCAGUUUCUGUACAGUCAUUUAGUGACAAUGAAGAUGAUCCCACAUUUUGUCAGGUGUGCCACCAAAGAGACAGAGAGGACAGAAUGUUACUUUGCGAUUAUUGUGAUAGUGGGUUUCAUCUGGAGUGCCUUAACCCACCCCUGGAGGCAGUUCCUGAUGGCGAUUGGUUCUGUUCUAGAUGCCAGUUGCUGGAUACAAGAAAUACUGAACAAAAUCAGGGUAGAGUCACCUGGGUGAGAGUGCCGACUUUCCCAGUUGGUCUAGGAGGACGCCGUGUUCAGUGCGUAAGGGUGCCACCAGUAAACCGACAAGUUGAAGAAAUUGUAAGCGUAUCUUCUGAUGAUGAAUUAGAGCUUGAAGUUGUUACUAGAAGUGGAAGAAGAGUUAGAAGACCUUCAGUUUCAUCAAAUUCUGACAGUGCCAGGACACAGCAGAAAACACCUGCUAAAAAUGGACCAGCUGAACAAACAAGUACUGCGAGAAAGAAAGUGACGAGACGGGCACCCUCACCCCGUGGAGAGCAGUCAUUUUUUCGUACACAACGGCGGAGGCGGCGGCGACAGCGGCAGAGACAGCGGAAUACUUCCGAAAGCUCUGCACAGACUGUGGAGGAUAGUGAAGAAGAAGAUGAUGAUUCGACUGUAAGAAAAUCUGGACGAUCCCGUUUAGCAGAAAAUCUGGGACUGGUUCCAUGCCGUCGAUCACAGAGUUCUAGUACUGCACAUGCCCCAGUGCCAGCUUCCAGUCUCAAUCGGCAACGGGUAUCAGCUGGUAUUCCUACGUUGAACCUGUUUGGAAAUGAUAGUCUCGACUACUUUUCUGAUGGGUCAGACGGUGAAAAUGGAAAUGAAGGUGGUGGCACUAGUAUGUUGUGCCACCGAUCUAGGUCGUCACCAACAACAGCAAGACGUUUGGCUGCAAGAAAACUGUCUCAAAGCUUGAUGAGCAGCACACCAAGGCCUCAUGUUAAUUCGAAUCCUCGGCCAAGCACCUCACGUGACACUACUUCAAGUAGCCGCCACAAUCUCCUGGACUCCAUAAUGGAAAGCCAAGGCCUAUGGCAUUCAAGGAAUACGACCAUGUCUCUUAGGAGAGAUGGUACAAUUACUAUUAAAAAGGCAUCCAAAGUGGAGAGGCCAAGUAAGGCAAUGUCUGGUAGUGAUGAUGGACAAAGCAUUUCUAGGUUUACAGAAUCCUCAGAUGGAUAUCGGGAUAGGAUACAACAUGACAGUAAUCCACAAGAAUUGCCCUCCCAUAUUUUCAAUCAAAGGGAUGCAAUUAGUGUUGUCCCUGUUGCAGAUAGUGGUCCUAACAUUAUUACCAGCCAUGCUGGUAGUAGUGGAUCUUCGAACAAUGUGGGUCAACAAACAUGUGUAAAUAGCAGAUUUCCAUGGGAGUCCCAUACAAGUAACCGAGUAAAUGUUACAGACAACCAGACAAGAGUUUCUCAAGUUCCACUCUAUCCUGGUAACUCCAACUCAAGAUCUCCUGGAUCAUCUGGAUCAUAUCAUCAUAAUAAGGACAGUCAGUAUGAAAGGACAUCAACUUCAUCAUACCAGUAUAGUGGACAUAUGUACUCAGGUACCCAUAUUUCUGGAUUUGAUAGUGAUAGAGGUCAUUUGGGAUAUACAGGCUACUUGGGUCCAGAGAACAGUUCUACCACAUCAGAUUUACCAAAUCCUGGUAGGUUCAAUUUAUUACCACAAUUUCCAGUAAGGCGAACACAUCCUCAUCCUUCCACAUCCCUCAGUGCUAGCAGCACCGAUGAAAGGCAACUCGAAGAGAGUGACUUUCUUGAUGACCAAGAUAUCUCAAGUGGAAAGUCAUCAAAUGAGAGAGACACUAAGAAAAAUACUUACCGGAAAGUUACAGAAGAUGACGACUUAGAUAUUUAUAGUGACAUUGAAGUAUCCAGUGCUGGUGGACAAAAUUGUGCUUCUGAGCAUGAAGAUAAUGAACGUAAUUUUGAUGUUCUUCCUCCACCCCCAGAACCUUCAGCUUUACUUAUAGGGCUUGGUGAACAAGAUUCUAGUGAUAGUGAAACAAAUGAUUCUUUAGUAAUAGAUAUUCGUCCCAAUCCAGAUGACCAUACACAUAAGGAUAAUGUUACCAAAUCACCAGAUGAGUCCGAAAAGUAUGAUCCAGCUGUUCCAUGUGAUGAUAGUGAUGAUGAUGAUGAUGAGCCACUUGUAUCUCAGAAUCUGCAUAAAGAAGACAUUCCACUCCCACCAUGCCCUCCUUCAUCGGAGAAGGUAGAUAUGAGUACUUCAAAUGCAAGUUACUUGCAGUCACCAACCUAUGGUGAGCUGAGCAAACAGUGUUCUGUUCAUGUUACUGAAGCUGUAACAGAAGCAGUGAAGGAGGUGAUCAACAGUACUCUUCAGAGCUCUUCAGCAUCCAUUAACAAGGCUCUGGCAUCUGGUGAUGAAGACGAUGAUGAGGGAGAAUGUCCCAAUUUCUCUAUCUACUCAGCUGACAGUAUGGACAUAGCCCGGAAAGCAACUGAAAUACCGGAAGAGAAUACAGGUGCUUUAGAUAAGAGUGAUCCUGUCACUGUCAUGACAGAUGAAGACAAAGCAGAGGUUGAAAAGUGUGAGGCAAAAUCUGAUAUUCUGGAGAUGCCGAUUGAAUCGAGUAGUGACCAUAACAACCAAGAGAGCAGAGAUAAUGAUGAACAGAUGGAAGAGUCAGGAUCAAUUUCAGAAGUGCAACAUGAACCAUUAGAAAAUAAUGAUGAUAUGAUUGAACGUUUGUCAAAAACUCUUCAGUGCAGCAGCCGCAGCAGCAGUAGUUGUAGCAGUAGCAGCAGUAGCUGUUGUAGCAGCAGUAGUAGCAGCAGUGGUAGUAGUUCCAGCAGUAGUACUGACGGUAGUUCUAUUAGCCAAAACACUAGUUGUGAAGAACCAAGCAAAGUUGUCACAUCUGAAGAGAAAGACACUACUGCUAUAGCUGUUGAACAAAUAGCUGACCAAAUGAGUAAUCUCAGUGCCGUUCAUCCUGUUACGUCAAGUGCCUCUGAAAACCACGAAAAAAGUGCAAUCAGAGAUGAGAAUGAUCCAAAAAACCAUGAAGAUGUGAAACUAGAUGUGUCCGGAGAGACAGAAAAUCUAGUGGAAGGAGCUGCUUCUGCAGUAUCUGCAGUGUCACCAAAUAAUGCGACAGGUUCACAAAAUAAGACUGCAUUGCCACUAAGUAACACAGCGUCAUCACUGAAUAGUAGUCUCCCUGCUGCAACUCCAGUUGGACUGGAAGGUCUGGACACUGAAACAAUAUCAGAAACUGAGGAAGCAAUAAAUUUUGAUGAUGAUAUGAGUCAUGAUGAAACUAGUUUUUUGAGUGAAGAAGAUGGUGAAAUUUCCCCUCAAAAGAAAAGAAAGAAAGCUACUGAUGAAGUGAAAGAUAGCAGCAAAGCUGACAACGAUGUGUCUGCUGAGAAACCACAGCUUGAAAAAGACCUGUCUCCUGCUGAAACAGUGGACUAUGAGGAGGGUGAAAUAGUAGAUGAGCGUCCAAGACUGACUGAUGUCACUCAGAAAGAUAAAAUUUUAGACAAAGAUAAAAGACUUGAAAGUAAUGAAAUAAGAUCUGCAGAUGAAGCAGAAAUGAGUGAGUCUUCUGUACACGCAGGAAUUGAAGAAGAGAAGAAGAAAAAGAAAAAGAAAACUAUGGACAGAGACAGGGACAGGGCAGAUUUGAGUGUAAAUGAUGAUGAUGAAACAGUGAAGGGAAAAGGCAGUACAUUAGAUGACUCUAUAUCAUGGAAGAAACCAUCUAAAGGAACUAAGGAAAGAAACUAUAGAGAUAGCAAGAGUAUCAAACCAACAGAGAAAGGUAAGGAUGGAAGCAGAAAGGAAAAUGAAGAUAAAGAAUUACCUAAAAAAGAGAAGAAAAAGAAGGAGAAAAGAAAAGACAUGGAAAGAUAUGAUGUCAGAAAAAUAGUGAGUGAUAAAAAGAGAAAGCGGAAAGAUGAAUUUGGCCGUGAUCUCUCACGGGAUCGUUCAUAUAGUAGGUCACGGUCACGUUCCAAAUCACGUGGUAAGUCUCGUGACAGAUCAGUAUCUUUGUCAAGAUCAAAGACUAAUCGUGCGAAAGGCCGCUCGUCACCAAGGAGGUCAAGACACCGAUCCCGCAGUCGUUCUCGUAGCAGGUCAUAUAGAUCGAGAAGUAGAUCAAAAAAUAAAUCUAUAUCAAAAUUAAAAGAUAGGAAUCGAAAGAGCCGUUCAAAAGAAAGACAGAGAAAGGCGAGUCGAGAUCGCUCCAGGAGCAGAAACAGAAGAAGUCGAUCAAGAUCAGGCAGCAGGCUCAGAAAUAGAUCAAGAAGCAGAUCCAUCCACAAGUCAAGGGAAGGUAAAGACAGAUCUAGAGCAGCUACCAGACAAAAAAGACCUCCAAAGAAUCGUCGAUCGUGGUCACGCACAUGGACAUCAUCGUGGUCUCGAUCAAGAUCACGAUCUGUUUCCUGCUCAUCUUAUUCCCGAUCUCCUUCACCAUCAGCAAGACGGUACAAUCGAUCUUACUCAAGGUCGUUCUCGAGAUCCUGGUCUAGAGAACGACACGAAAGAGUUCCAUUGCUUGAAAAAAAGACCAACCCUGUUGCAAAGCCACCAAAAAAACUCACUGUUAUAGUAAACAAUAGCAAGGAGGAUAGUGAUAGGCAACGAAAGAAAGAUAAAAAGAAGAAGGACUCGAGAAAAUCCAAAGACCAGUCAGGAGCAGAGAAGCGCAAGAAGCGGAAAGAGAGAUCUCCAUUGCCAUCCAAAGAAGUUUUCACUUCUGGUGACAAUAUUCUAGUUAGCGUGAAUUUCAACAAAUCAAAUAAAGGACCCGGUGCAAAAGAUGCUGCUGUCGCUGCAGCUGCAGCUGUUACAUCAGCGUCUAUAUGUGCCUUGCCUAAAGAUUCAUCUAAGCGAAAACAAAGAGAAGAUACAUUUGAUGUAGGUAGGCAAACAACUAAAAAAUCCAGGAAAGAUAAAAGUGGGAAAGAAAAGACAUCCAAAGCCUUAAAUAAUGCAGCAAAUACUGAUAAAACUCUGAACAGAAGAUCCAAAAAGGGAACAAAGGGGGACAAGAGAUUGGCUGCAUUACUUAGGCAAAAACCAGUUGCAAUAAUUGAUUUAGAUCAAUCACCAUUUCGUGAACAAACCCCUUCACCCAGAGAUCUCAUAGUUCUGAGUGACAGUGAUGAUGCACAACGAGAUAAAGAAACUGAAAUGGAAGAUGGAAUUAUGACCAGGAUGAUGCACCAGGAAAUACUCAGUCCACAAAACUCUCUCAAAAUGUCUGCAACAGCACGAACUCCUGAAUCUCAGUCACCAGUUAUGAGUUCUGUUGGUAACUACCUGAAUACUAGUACAGGUCCUAAGACACCACCUGAACCACAAAUAAAGUUUUCAAUAGCUGCAAAACCUCAACUGCGCUCAAUUAGUAAUCCAUUAAGAGAAGAGGAUGAUGAUUUAAUGGCUGAGGACACUGUACUGGAUGAAUCCGAUAGACAGAUGGAUGAGGACCUCGACAGGGACAUAAUGCAUAAAGGUCCCAAUACACCACCUGAACCACGAGGGCCAACAACUCCAUGUUCUCCACCUAUUUCACCUGAUGCUUAUGAUCCAUUUGAUCCCACAAAAUCAGGUACACCGUCACCUGUAAGAGAAGAAGUACAUAUUGAUGAACUCCAAAGUCCAAGUGGUACACCAUGUGAAGAAGUGAUGCAGCAUUCUGUAGGUGUGACUGAUUCCCCUAUUCAAAGUGACCCAGAUGAUACAGCAAAGAAAACUUUAGAAAUGUCAUCAGAGAUUCCACUAAUACAGUCUUCUGACAAUUUGCGGGAUGAUGUGACUCUUUCUCCAGAUAGAACAAAAUCUCUAACCAUGAUUGAAAGUAUGUUAGGGAGCUCACCAUCAAAUAUUGAUGAAUCUGUUGUUGGAGCAUCACAGCAUCAGUUGCAAGUGGAAGUUUCUCCUUCAGAGCCAGGCGAAAAGUCAAGUACCUUGUCUGUUACAAUGAUAGUGCCUAUGAACUCUGACAUUACCCCAUUAUCACCAGAAAUAAAAAUUAUUCCAAUGACAGUUCAGCAACAGAAGCUUCUCAAACAGAAUAUAGUGCAGCAGCCCGUUACAUCUACACCUACACAUUGUAGCACACCAAGUAAUUAUUCAAACCUACCCAGUAGUAUUGCCAGUACUCCAAUUUCACCUUUAACAAGUACACCUGUGAGCCGAUCAAAUGUCUUUAGCACUCCAAUUACCAUUACAGUUCCUCAGCUAUCAUCUCAUCACCUUCCACACCACCUUCCAAGCUCUCCUGUUGUGUCUCAGCAGAGAACAGUAGGUAUCAAAACUGUUCCAGAGAAAGUGACAGCUAUUUCGUACGUGAAAAGUGUGCCACAAAGGCCAACAGGACAACAGAAUGGUGAUCAGAAGGAACAGAUACAAGAUACAUCUACAGAAGUUGUUGAUAUGGACCUUGAUUCACCAUAUUCACCAGGGUCCAGUGAGGGUGAUGACUUGUUUGAACCGCCGUCGGAGACUGUAAAACCGACUGCAGCAUAUCCACCCAUGAAUACAAGAGCCUCCCAGACACCACAGAAGAAUUUGAGGCAGAGCUUACCAGCAACAGGGAAUACUCCAAAUAAACCACCAGACAAGUUUGAUGCCCUAUUUGGCAUGUCACCAGCUCGUAACAAAGGUUCUACAAAAAUGGGGAAAAUGAAGACUCACCAUGGAAAAACUGGAAAAAUGAAGGGGAAGUUAGGAAAAGGUUCAAAAAAAGAGAUACAGAUCAAAAUGGAUGAAGACCAGCUGCAGAUUUUAGAUGACCUUCCAAGCUCUGCUGUAGAACUUCAAGUAAAAGACAAAUUCCUGAAGAAAUUAAACCGCCAGGAACGAGUAGUUGAAGAAGUCAAAUUGUCUCUGAAACCAUAUUAUACCAGUAAAAAAAUCAACAAGGAAGAAUAUAAAGAAAUAUUACGACGAUCAGUGCCAAAGAUAUGUCAUAACAGAUCUGGGGAAAUCAAUCCAAAGAAAAUAAGUGCACUUGUUGAUGCAUAUGUUACAAAGUACAGAUACCUGAAAAAGAAGCAACUUGGUUCCCAGAGAAAACAGUCAAAACCCCCUCGUUUCGACAUAGACAGUUCACACACAAGCGGACAUUAAACUAUCUAUUCUCACAGAUCACCAGAUAGUACAACGCCCAUCAGUAAAUGAGGGAUUCACAGACACAAUCCACGGAAAAGGUGAACUGAUAGGUAUUAAUCUGCCACAGAAGCACCAAUCACACCAUAUUCCUCUCAGAGCUCAUGGUGUUUCCAUCAAGUGAUGACACCAUUCUUUUCUAGUCAGAGUUCAUGGGAAUGACACCAGUCAUGGAGAGACAGAUUCACUUGAUACUGAUAUUACAAGGGAAGUGGAAAUGGAACUAAACCAAAAACUAUUAGAGUACAGCAGUUCUAAUAUUAUGGUUAAUGAUCAAAAUGAUAGUGGCUGAAAGCACUGUCAUUGAACCUCGCCGAGGCGGGCUGGAAACACCGCUACCAGACCCUUCAUUGAUGCAGGUGUCGACGCCUGCGUCACCUUGACCUAGCGGUAGACGGACAGAGCCACGAGUGUCUGUAUCGCCUCAGCCAGGGCCAUCAGGCUACUACCCCCUGCCUAGUAGUAGCAGGGUGGUGCUGUCGACGUCCACAUCACCUCUGUCUAGCGGUAGCAGGGCGGUACUGUCGACCUGAUGCCCAUCAAUCCGUCCCGGCCCUAAACAGCAGACGAUUUCCUGGAGUGGAGGAGUUGGAGGCAUGAUCAUAUGCCGGAUGAACUGGGGAGAUGCCAAGGAGCCAGAGUGGAACGGGUAAUACGUUAUCAUUCUAGUGGCUGCAUCAGGGGAACAGUUUCCAAACUACGCCACAGCGCGGGUACUGGGGGCAGUAAAGAAACAACUGUCUAGUUGAGGUCCAGCGAGGCAUGCCUUGCCAACAAGCGCGCUGCUGGUCACCGCAUGAGAAGCUGCCCCUGCCGCCACCCCCACACCAUCUCCACUCUGCGUCCGUGGGCCACCCUCCCUCUGGCAAGCAUAUCAGGGCUGCAGCCACAGCAGCAACCAAGCUGCUUGCACUGGCCUCAUACAGCAGUGUCUCCUCCUCCUCCUCCUCCUACACAUACUCGUCCUCGCCAGUCUCACAAGAUAAUUCUGCGGUUUGGCUGCUUGCUGAGCUCGAAAAACUUUCAUGGCGGGUUGAUAAGCUUUACAGUGUCAACUUUCCGAUGACCAAGUCGAAGGAGAAUGAAGAUUUGCACAGUAACACAGUUGAGCUGCCGUUAGAUAGAAAAGUGGAAAAUCCUUGUAUGGACCAUUGUCAUCUUAUGGGGAAGUUCCAUGGCACAGUUCACAGUGCAUGCAGUUUGAAGUACCAGUUAUCAAGGCAUAUGACAUGCCUGAGAGUGCUGAGAAACGAAUGACACCAAGAAUUAUGCUCCGCUUCCUUGACGUGCUAUGUUUUAUGCAGCUACCACUCUAGAAAUUCAUUGAAACUCUGCCUCAGUAGGUCAGGAACAUCACUUGAGCUGCAUUUCCCGGCAAGGAAAAGUUCCAACUUGUGACUAGGAAGGGGGUUUUCCCAUACAAGUAUCUGGAUAAUAUGGCAAAACUCACAAAACAAUGCUACCCGAUAUAACUACAUUCUCCAGCAAUCGUACGGUUGAGGCCAUAACAGAUGCAGAGUAUGAUCAUGCCAUGAAUGUCUGCCAGGUAUUCAACAGCUCCACUCUAGGAGAGUACGCACAGCUUUAUGUGGACACAGACAUCUGCUUGCUUGUAGAUGUUUUAGAGGGAUGCAUAACCACAUAUUCUCUUGUUUCUGCCUUUUAUUACACGGCACCUGGGUUGUCUUGGGACGGUACACUCAAGGAAAUGGAGUGCAGCAUUGAAUUAAUGACCAAUGCUAACAUGCUUCUUUUUCUUUGUAGUGAGGGAUCCAUUGAGGACUUUGCCAAUGGCAAAUAGGCACACCAAGGCAAAUAACUCAUGGGUGAGUGACAGGUUUCAACACAUCUUUUGACUGAGUUACAUCAUGUACUUGUGGGUAAAUAACUUAUAUGGGCAUGCCAUGUUGUGUGGAAAAAUUAUGGAGGGUAUAGCAGAUGAUUCUGAUGUAGAGUAUGUGGUGGAGGCAGAACUCACAUACCCUAUUCAUUUGCAUGAUGUGCAUGCCAAUUUGCCACUGUGUCCAGAGCAACUAGCUCCACAAGGGGGAAUAAGCAGAGAUAUAUUAUUCAUUAUCAUAAUCUCCAGCAGUGUCUCAACUUAGGGAUGGGGCAGGUUAGAAUCACUCAGGCUAUCUCCUUCAAGCAGUCCCCCUGGUUGAAGCAGUAUAUUGAUUUGAAUACAAGACAGAGAGCUUCCACGACGUGUGACUUUGAGAACGAUAUUUAUAAAUUAAUGAAUAAUCCAAUUUUCGGCAAAGAAUGGAGAAUUUUACGGAAUUGCAUGAAAUUUUGAUUAGAACCUAAUGGGAUGUGCGUUAUAGCGCAAGAAAAUAUAUUGCCAGACCAAAUUUUAAGCUGUUCACCAUAUUCAAUAAAAACCUUGUUGUUGUGGAGAUGACAAAGACUUUAAUAGAGUUUAUGAAACCUAUUUAUGUGGGGAUGCCAGACCUAUCCAAACUCCACAUUUACCCCUUUCAUUAUGAGUUUGCAAAAACUCAUUUCUCAAAUCCUAAAUUAUUUUAUACAGAUACAGAUAGCUUCAUGUAUUGGGUGAAGAACUGCAACCCAUAUGAAGUAAUGAGGUACCAUGGUAAUGAAUUCGAUACGUAGUCAAUAAUCCUUAUGGUAUUGUUCCACCGAAUAGAUUGCUGAUUGUGGAGUUUGUAGGUCUCCAGUCAAAAAUGUAUGCAUAUCGCACAUUGGAAGGUGUCACCCAGAGGUGAGUUAAGGGUAUGCGUCAUAUAGCAUUGAGAGCCCUCUCUAUCAAAGACUAUAUGCAGUGCCUGUACAGUGGUGUUUACAGUGCUACACAAUAGGCGCCGCAUGGGGUACAAAAUAGUAUUCGAUCGAGAGGACACAUUGUGCACACAGUACUCCAGUCUAAAAUUGGCCUGUUGCCUCAUUACGAUAAAAGAAUCACUUUUAAUGAUGGAGCUGAAACUGUACUGUACUCACUGAAGGGGUGGGGGACUCUGGGUGAGAGGCAGGGAGUGUGUGUGUGUGUGUGUGUGUGUGUGUGUGUGUGUGUGUGUGUGUGCGCGUGUGUGUGUGGUGUAAAUAUUUAU